AUGCAAUCCGCUAUCGCAUCGAGUCCAUCGCUUUGCAGCCAUCUCCGAUUGAUCUCCAUGCCUAAACCCAACGCGGCCGCUAUUGCUGCGCAAAACAAAAGAAAAAUCGAAAAGGACAAACGGAGAAAACACUACCAUGACUCGCAAGUCCAAGGCACCAACAAUUCCUCCAUCGUCUCGAAAAGAUCAGUGGAAGUUCUCUACAAUCCUAUAGUUGAACCAGAAACAAAAGAAUGGUUCAGGCACUUUGUGCCGAAGGGCAAAAGACGGUCUCCAGCCAUCAAUAGAGGCUACUGGUUGCGUAUGGAAAGUAUCAAACAGGCCGUUUUGCGGAUCCAGGCAGCUCACGGUUCGCGAGUCAGAAUAGUCAAUUUGGGCUGUGGAUUCGAUCCGUUCCCGUUCCAGAUGUUGGCCGAGAAUAGCAUCGAGUGCGAAUUCUUUGACUUCGAUUAUCCUGAGUUGGUUCAGCGGAAGUUGGCCCUCAUGAAGGACUCGCCAGAGAUCAUGGAAGUAAUUGGGCCAGUUGUAGAGCAAACAGAAGCCGCGAAGAGGAUGGGCGUGAUUUUGGCUACCGACACCUAUUCUUUGGUCGGAUGUGAUUUGAAAAAUUGUAGAUUAUACGAAGAACAGCUCCAUACAUUGCUUGACAGCUCAGAUGGCCCUGUCAUCUUCAUUGCUGAGGUCUCUUUGGCAUACAUGAAACCAGAGCAUGCAAACCCAGUCGUUGAAAUACUGUCUCGUCUCCCGAACUCUCACAUUUUGGUGCUCGAGCAAAUCAUGCCGUCCGGAGAUAAACACUUUUUUGCACAAAAGAUGUUGUAUCACUUCCAGCACUUGACGUCGCCCUUGCAGUGUGUGGAAACAUAUUCCACCAAGGACUUGCAAAAGAAGCGGUUCCAGCAGUAUUUCCCUGUGGUUGAGGUUAUUGAUUUAUUCGAAAGCUGGAAACAAUUGGUAUCGCCAGAGAAAAAGACGUUGGUGGAGACUGUUGAAGAGUUUGAUGAAUGGGAAGAAUUCAUUGUGUUCUGCCAACACUAUGUGGUGAUCCAUGCUACAAAUAGCUCUCAUAGCAUAUUCAAUGAAUCGGAUUCGAUUGAAGACCCUCCAGUUUCUGGGAGCUUGAAUAUUAGGGCCACGGGAGAGUUGGACCUAAAAUUUCCAGCUGCGGCGUCCGGGUCAAACGGUACCUAUGUUCAUGGAGGUAUGUUCCAAACAAGAUCUGGUGCUACACAGCUUCUUGAUGACGAAGGGCGCAUAUCUUUUACGACGACAGAUGGUCCAGAACCAAGAAUGUGUCACACUCUCACAAAUUUGGGAAAUGGAAAUCUUAUUUUAAUAGGCGGACGAAGUCGUCCUGGUCAUGACUAUAGUGAUGUCUGGAUCUUCAACGAACAAGCAGCCACUUGGUCUCUCAUUGGUAACUUACCACAGGGUGUAUCACGGCACGAAGCCGUAGCUUUAGGUGAAAAGUCUGUGCUACUUUUGAACAAGGACACCUUUUUCAAGAUUGAAAUAUUCGAUCAGAUUGGAAAGAUUCGUUUAGACAUCCAACAAUUGAGUGCAACAGGAGCCUGCCUACCCUCUCUAUCCAGCUGUGGCAUAGUCUACGAUGUUGAAUCAAAGAAGGGUUUCAUUAUUGGAGGUCUUACGGAUAAGUUAAGUCCUCACUUCAAUUCCACUCUUUAUGAAUUUACAAUUACACCAGGUUCGUUGUCUAUACUACCAGUUAUGCAAUCACCACAUUUCGAAAGAGUUGGGUGCCUAGUCAAGAGAAUGGCACAAGAACUCAUCAUCAUUGGAGGUGUUGGUCCAAUACCUCAGAACCGAGCUACUACUACGUUUCGAAUCAAUCUAGACACACAGAGUAUCACUGCGCUCCAGAUACCUGUUAGUGAAUGGGAAGCAGCACCUGUCUUCAUAGGGCUGCAAUUGGCAGGAGAUGCCAUUAUUGGAGGAGGCACUGUGUGUUACUCAUUUGGAAGUCACUACAACAAGGUCUACAAAAUUGACUUUUCCCUGAUUUAG